AGAGGAGACCACCAGGACCAGACCAAGUGCCUGCCCUGAGGCUCCGGAGAACUCCCCAGGAGGGGAGAACAGAAUGGACCGUUGUUCCUGGGAGCAUCACGCCAUCACCGGCACCUUCACCGUCUUCGGGGGAUUUGGACUCUGGUACACUGCUCCAGGAGACUGGUCAUCAGUAAACGCCACUCCCUCUGAGACAGCAAGAUCCAGCCCAGGCUGGCACACCGGACCAGUCAAGGCGCCCCUAUAUGAGAACCAGGGAGAAGAGUCCUACCUCAACAGCUCGGACUGGUGCAAGGGAAAGAAGAACACUACCCUCCGCCCACCAGAUGGACUAUUUUUCUGGGCCAACCAGACCUUACUUCCAAAGAUUAAUUGCUCAGAUACUCAGGUAUACUUCUUAGUAGCCCUAGCCCCUCAGCUUUUUGCUUAUCCCCCAGGUGAAUUAGAAGCUAAGUACAUGAGUUCCACCUUGCAUAAACAAGCUGUAUUCCUCCCAGUUUUAGUAGGCCUGAGCCUUGCAGCCUCUAUCGCUGGCAUCAGUGCAGGGGGAGCCGGCCUAGCCACUAGUUUACAAUCCCAAGAAGCCAUACGUCAGGAACUCAACGAGGCUCUAUCCUCAGUGGCCACCUCCAUGGCCUCACUCCAACGCCAGAUCCUCUCCCUGGCCAGAGUAUCACAGUAGAAUCGCCGAGCUCUGGACCUCCUCACUGCAGACAAAGGAGGCACCUGCAUAUUCUUGGGGGAGGAAUGCUGCUAUUUUGUUCAUGAAAGUGGCCUAGUUGAAGAAAAUAUCCAGCGCAUUAAUGAACUAAAAAUUAGAUUCAGGCCAGGCUCAGGGAAUAGGCCCACGUCUUGGUGGCAAGAUAUUUUACUCUCCACUCUGGCCCCUAUCCUAGGCCCAGUAAUAAUACUCAUACUUAUAAUUUCUAUAGGACCCUGGGCCAUCAGGACGGUAGUCAGGCAGCUGGAAAGUACGUUAGUAAGGAAGACCACCAGCCGCAUACUAAUGCUUCAACAACAAUACGAGCAGAGGAAUCCUCUCCUGGGUGCAGAGACAAACGGAAGCGCUGUCUAAGCACCCGCAGGGGGGAAUGAAGGGAGAGGUCCUAGGAGACUUUCACUCACCUAGCACCCCCGCUGGGAAUGCUGGUAGCCGGACAGUCAGUAGGGCUGGGACUAGCACCCCUGCUGAUAGAACAAUUGUCACAUUCUGCUUCUGUAUCCCAUGUUUGUCACGUACACAGGAAGACCCCUAAUCUAUAUAUUCCCCAAGAAUCCUUUGUUCGGGGCUCAGAAUUUGGAGACUGACUCCUCUGGGCCCGUGCACGUAAAGGAAUAAACCUCGUACUCCAGAAUCCCUCAGUGUCUGGUCGCUUCAUUUCCCGUAACAAUAUAACAUGAAAAUUUAGGGCAAAGUAUGGGGAAAAGGCCAGAAACUUAUGAAGGGAAGUGCUUUCCCCUUAAAGCUGAAGCAAUACCAUUACAAGAAUCAAAUCGAGAGAUGCCCCUUGAUUUGAAGUGCAUUAAAAUAAAUGCAAAUUCAGGAGAGCGGGAGCCAAAUUUCGGAGGAGGUCAUCUGGCUGCACUCCCGCUUCCUGGAAGAGCCGCGAAGAGAGACGCUGCGCACACACGGCCCAGAACGUGGGGAGGAGCCCGUCCUUGGUCAGCUUGCGGGGCUCACGGAGGACAGCCCUGACUUCCACCUGCUGGUGCGGGAGGACCUGAAACUGACCCGAGUUACGUGCCACACCUCCCUCGUGAGGGUCUUUGGUAAGAGCAGGCUCAUUCGUGGCUAUGCACACCAGACAACCAGCCCUUGGCCGGGCUUUCUUUGUGGACAUUGCGACUUAAAACCUUGAUUUCCUGAGAACCCCCCUCUAUCCUGCCAACUAACCCUUUCUUGAACUCCAGGGUCUCUGGAAGGGCUGUCAGAAUUCUAUUGAAAGUGGCUGCAUUUAUCUUCAUCUGUCUCAGAAGUCACAUUUCCCCUGUGCCCUUGGAUCAGGGCUGGAAACCAUUAGAAGGUCUCUGAUGCCCCAUUCUUCUUCCUUCUCUGCAUUCCCUGUGGUAUGACUCAGCCCGCCGUCCAGAACACAAUUAGACCAUGAACAUGCCGCUGCCUGCAGGUAUCAAGGCUGACUGUGCCCGUUGGAAAAUGUCUCCUGAGAUUAACAUCUUCAAAUAAGCCAAAAAGUGGUAUUGUUUUCUUUGCUGGAAAGAAUUCCCUACGUGUUCUAUCAUUAGCCGGUUCCAUUUGCAGGCCCCAGGCUGCAGUUAGGGACCCAGUGGAGCUACUUUCAGGGAGGAGAAAGCUUCCUGGGCUUACGGAAUGGAAAGGACAGUUCAGAUCCACAGAAUGAGGUCUACUUACGGUAAUCAUGAGCG